UGGCCUUGGAUAUUAAAGCUUGUUUGCUUUCAGUUUGAACAUUGUCGGGUGAAACCUACAGUUUGCCAUGUAACCAUGACGUCAGUAGGGAAAAAUACAGAGCUGCUGAGAGACAUAUUCGAAUGAUGAAGACAGGGUCUUCAUAAGACUCCAAAAUGCCGACAGAAGGAGAUCCUACUACACUGGUCAAAGUGACCCACCUGGUCCUGCUGUCUACCACCUGGGGCAUGCAGAUAUGGGUAUCAUUCAUCUCAGGUGUUGUUUUGAUCAAAAGUGUCAGCAAACAUACCUUCAGCCAGGUACAGAGUAAACUGAUUCCCUGUUACCUCUACUGUGUCCUGGGAGGAUCCUUCCUGAACCUGGCGCUUUAUGCUCUGUAUCACCCACACGAGCUACUCAACAGGGCUGAAGCAGUGCAGAUCACGUCAUUCUUCGUCUGUGUGAUCUUCUCCGGGCUCAACGCUCAAUGGUUCAGUCAAACCGUAAGUGAGACGAGGCUCAAGAUGGAAAAGAUUGAGCGGGAGCACGGCCUCGGAGACGAGGUGGGAAUGGGCACCAACCAGGAGGCCUACACCAAGCUGAAGAAGAGUGAUGCGAAAUACAGGAAGCAGAGUCAUCGCUUUAAGAAGUAUCAUGUUCUCAGCAUGGUGUGUAAUUUUAUCUGUGUAAUCUGUAAUGGGGUGAAUCUCUUUUACACUGCGGCCAAUCUGAAGACUUUCUAGAAAAAAAGACUUUGUUGACUCUUCAUUCCUUUCCAUAGAUGCUGUCUGAUCUGCUGUGUUCCUCCAGCAUUUUCCGUGUGUUACUUUCUAGAAAAUCUCUGUUGUCUUCCUCUGCCAGUUUUUUCUGAGAAUAACUGCUCUGUGUAUCUUAGUUUUGAUCACUGUAUUCUUAAAUUUACCAGUCACCAACCAUCAGGAGGAAACAGCCAAGUUCUGAAAGGUAUAUUUUGUGUGAAGGGCCAGGUUUUGUGUGAAAGUUUCAGCAGCCAGGCACACAAUCUGUAUUUCUGUUGUAAAGUUCCUAGGAUGGAUGGACAGAGCACUCUAGUCCCUUCUGCAUGUGGGUCCACAGCACAAAACCCUAUUCAUAUUGUAUUAAAUUGUCAACAUGUUUCAGAUACUUAUGUGUCUGGAAACAACAAUGUUUUGUUUUUGCACUGCAGCCAGGCUUCAGGAGCAUGAAGAGGUCACAUUUCAGAGUAUCACAUUACGGAGGUCCUGUUUUCCUUCUGUCUGAAGUGAGGAUGAACCCACCAACCCUGACUGAGACUGGGGCUGAGUGAUGUUGUAAACAGGCUAACAUCAUGCUCCUGCCCUGGAAGCACAUUUGGGCUCUAGGAGUAGCCUGUGUGCACAGUACAUUAGUGGCCAGUACAGAAAAUAGCAAGGCCAUGCCAACGAAUCUUUUGAAGAUUCAAUUCAUGAGCAAAGUGGUGAGGACUUCAGUCUGAAUCUGACUCAGGCAGUCUACCCUCCUUUGGUAGCUCAGCUCAGGCUCUGACUCAGAAUUCUGGAAGCCUUGACAGUCUUUGCAUGGGGCCAACAAUUAUUAUCACGUUAUAAGCCUAAGUUAGUUUGCCGUAUAUUGGAUUGAUAAACACUUUGAUUCUCUUCAACAUUCCGUAGCAGAUAUUAUCCGGGCGAGUACAUCCACUUUGACUGGAUCCAGAAAAGUAACUCUGGGUUGUUUCAAUGUCUUAAGCAGAGAAAGCGCAAGAGUGAUCAGUAUAACAGUAUCCAACUGUAAAGAUAAAAUCUCUCGUGUGGUCAAGAACGAAACCAGGCAUUGCAUUCCUGUCUGUCUGGUGCCACCUGUUUAUGGAGUAGAUCACAACGAAUAGUGUUACUCAACCUUUCCUAGGGCCCCGUGACACUGAGUCUGUGAAUCACAGGGCAGUAAGGAAAGAGUGAAUUGGUGGAGUGUUGGAAAGUGUAAGACACUACUUUAUCACUCUUCCUCCAGAGUGGGGUGUGUGUGUGUCUCUCUCUGAGUGAGGGACUGCUCGUUGUUGUGGCCAGGACUGCUAACUAUCAUGGCCUUCGUUAAGUUAAUAGAACUUACUAGCCUAUGUCUCCAUUUCGAGGCAAAACGAGCUCCUCACAACCAUAACAAUUUGAACAGACACAAGUAAUGAAUUCCUUAGGUCCUACAUGGGAAAACACAAAUGUUCAUUUGUCAUGUUCUUCUUGCAAAUCCAAGUUGGAAAUUGAACGUUGUUAUGGUCACUGUAUGUGUAAAAUCAACCUGGAAGUGGCUUGAGAAAGCUUGUAUGGAUGCCUGAUAUGCUUGUGAACUGGCAUCUUUGUCUCAGAGCUCAGGAGAUAUAUUCAGUCCUGCUGAGCCUCAAUGAUGGCCAAUCAUUAUUUUAUUCCUAUGUAAUAUUCCUCAUGAUUUCUUACCUUUCCAACUGGUGUCAUUAAACGCAGCAUUUCAUCAGAA